AUGGGUAGUGUUGUUGAUUUGAUUUGGCAUCAUCAGGUUCCUUUGAAGGUGUCGAUAUUUGCUUGGCGUCUUAUAAGGGAUCGGUUAUCGACGAGAUCAAAUUUAGCAUCAAGAGGCAUCUUACAGUUAGACACUGCUCUUUGUGUCACAGGGUGUGGUUUUGCCAAAGCUAGGCGAUCGUUUCUUCAGUUAAUCUGGCUUUUGACUACGUGGAAGGAGAAAGUAUUUACAAAUCAUACAAAUAUAUACGAUGUGAUGCAACAUGGUGCUCGUGGAGAUGGUAAAUCUGAUGAUACAAAUGCAUUUCUAAAAGCAUGGAGUAGUACUUGUGGAGCAGGAGGUAUAUUGGCAACACUAGUUAUACCUAAAAAUAAAUCAUUUUUGGUGAACAAUUUAGUGCUCACUGGUGGUUGCAAGGCAACAAGCAUUCACAUCAAGCUGGAUGGGAAAAUAGUUGCACCUGCUAAGGGAGCAUUGAAGGAUAAGUCAUAUUGGAUUAGGAUCCAAUAUAUAAACCAUCUCACAAUAGAUGGUGGAAUAGGUGGAUCAAUUGAGGGCUAUGGCUCUACUUGGUGGCAGUGCAAAACUUGCUCUCGACCUACGGCCUUGUUUUUCCAUUCCUCCAAUGAUCUAACUGUUCGUAAUUUGAGGAUUACAAAUACCCCAGGAGCACAUAUAGCCAUUAAUGGUUGCAUUGGUGCCACAUUUUCUCAAAUACUUGUAAAUUCUCCUGGUAAUAGCCCUAAUACAGAUGGGUUUGAUAUCUCUUACUCCAAAAAUAUUACGGUAGUAGAUUCCACCAUUGCAACAGGUGAUGAUUGUAUUGCCGUUAAUGGGGGAUCCUCUUACAUCUAUGCUACUCGUGUUGCAUGUGGUCCAGGGCAUGGAAUAAGCAUUGGUAGUCUCGGCAAAGGAAACUCUUUUGAAGUAGUUGAAGAGGUUCAUGUACGAAAUUGCAAUUUUACUGGAUCUACAAAUGGAGCAAGAAUAAAGACAUUUCCGGGAGGAUCAGGUUAUGCAAGAAAGAUUACUUUCGAACAAAUCCAACUUAAAGAUGUCAAGAAUGCGAUAAUCAUAGACCAAAAUUACGGUGCUAAAAUGGCAAAUAAUAAAAUGUCAAAGGGAUCAAGUGUACAAGUCAGUGAUGUCACAUUUCGUCGCUUUAAAGGGACUUCUGCAAGUGACAUCGGUAUUAAUUUGAAGUGUAUGGGUUGUUCCAAUAUUAUAUUGGAUCAAAUUGAUAUUGUCUCUUCUCAAGGGAGAAAUGAUGUUAAAGCUUUUUGUCAAAAUUUCCAUGGAAUAAUUUACUCUACUCUUCCAAAGGUUUUGUGCAAUUAG